AUGCACGGCACUGGUAUGGAUGUCUCCACGCUCAACCAUUUCCAUCGUGUUGCAAAAGCUAUGAACAACUACGUGGCUGCUUCGGCAUAUAGUUCUUAUACGGGACGUGAUGGUUUCCAAGGAAAUACGUAUCAUCCGUCGUUUCAUCAUUAUACAAGCCUCGGCAAUCGUUUUGCUGGUGGUUUACAUUCGAUUGGUUUGCCAAACAGCUUUGUGAAUCUGGGUUAUCGUGUUGGGAAAGCGGUAGAUUCUUAUUUGUAA